AUGGCAGAAGUAGCACCAACAGAUUCGUCAUCGACUGUAACAACUACUACUACGACAACUACAACCACCACAACUUCAGCAGCAGCAUCAUCAUCAUCAUCUAAUAAUGGAUCUACUCUGACAGGUAAUACCGGUGCCUCAAAGAUGGCACAUGGUUUGCCAAUGAUCGAUCCACAGCCACAGCAUGCAGAGGACGGUCACUUGAUCGACCCAAUUCCAAUGCCAGCGACGAUUGUCGACGGUUUCGAAUAUACAUUGCAGCGAUUCCCACAUAACCUCGCUCUUCAAGUGAAGCGUGGUGGUCAGUGGCGCAAGUGGACUUGGACAAAGUAUCGCGAAGACGUCUACUCUGCAGCAAAGUCGUUUGUCAAGCUCGGCAUGAAGGAGACGAGCGGUGUCAACAUCAUCGGUUUCAACUCACCAGAGUGGCAUAUGGCACAUCUCGGUGCUAUAUUCGCCGGUGGUUUGCCAACCGGUAUCUACACAACCAGCUCCACUCCACAGUGCGAAUACUUUGCUGAGCAUUCCGAAGCGAUGUUUAUCGUCGUCGAGAACGAGCAGCAACUCGCCAAGUACGCACCGAUCCGUGAGAAACUCAGCAGCACCGUGCGCGCCUACAUUAUCAUGGAACCGUCGGAUCCAGCCGCCACUCACCCCGAGGGUACCUACACCUGGGAGCAAUUCAUGGAGUUGGGUCGUGCCGUUCCAGACUCUGAGAUCGACCGUAUCAGCAAGAGCAUCAAGCCAGAAACACUCUGCACACUUAUCUAUACCUCCGGUACAACAGGUAUGCCAAAGGGUUGUAUGAUUACACAACGUAAUGUUGCAUGGACAGUACACACACUCGGAUCAUUGGUACUCAGUCCAAAGUCAGGACAUCGUGAGCGUAUGAUUUCCUAUCUUCCAUUGUCUCACAUUGCCGAACAAGUCGUAUCACUUUAUGCACCACUUAUUUUUGGUUUUGCCAUUUCAUUCGCUGAUAAGAAUGCACUUCAAGGAACUUUAUUAGAUACAUUAUUGGAAGUUAAACCAACAUUGUUCUUUGGUGUACCAAGAGUUUGGGAAAAGAUUCAAUUAAAGAUAAAUAUGGUCAUGUCGACAAAGAAGGGUAUUGCAAAGAAAUUAGUGGGAUGGGCCAAACACAAGGGUUUGGAAGGUGGUUAUAAGAUUCAACAUGGUGAAAAGAAACCAAAGGGAUAUGGAUUGGCACGUACAUUGGUAUUCAAAAAGGUUCUCAAAACACUCGGUUUGUCGAGCUGUCGUUUCAUGGCAUCGACUGCUGCCCCCAUCUCAAAGGACACUCUUGACUUUUUCCUUUCACUCGGUAUCACCAUCACUGAAGCCUACGGUAUGUCAGAGUUGACCGGUCCACAAACCAUCGGAUAUCCAAAGGCCAAGACAGGAUCGGUCGGUCGUACUCUUCCAGGUUCGCUAAUCAAGUUAAACGAGGGUGACAAUGAGAUCUGUGUCAAGGGACCAAACUGCUUCCCAGGAUACUAUAAGAAUCCAGAGGCCACUCGUGAGACCAUCGACGACGACGGUUGGGUACACACCGGAGACAUUGGCCACAUCGAUGAAGCUGGCUAUCUAUUUAUUACCGAUCGUAAGAAGGAGUUGAUUAUCACUGCCGGUGGUGAGAACAUUGCACCAUCGUUGUUGGAGGGUUAUCUUCGUCAGAUUCCAGGUGUCAACAUGGCUGUGGUCGUAGGAGAUCGUCAGAAGUACUUGGUUUGUUUGUUCUCGUUGAACGUCGACUUCUUCAAGCGUCUACAAUACGGACAUCCACCACCCGUCACCUUGGAGGAUGCCAUCAACGACCCACACUUUAACGAGUAUCUCCAAUCCAAGAUCAACGAAGUCAACUCGCGUCUUCCAAACGUAUCGACCAUCAAGAAAUAUAAGAUAUGUCCAACCGAGUUCACCGAUCAAGGACCAGAUGCCGAAUUGACUCCAACUCAAAAGUUGAAGCGUAAGAUUAUCUUGGCCAAAUAUGACGCUGCCAUUCGUGAGAUGUAUGGUGACCAAUAUGCUGAGGGUACCUUUGUUCAACCACCAAACGGUUUGGUUCAAUCGACUGUCGUUGACAUCAAAUCCAAGCCAAAGAGCGAGGAAAUCCCACCAGUUGCUGUCGUCGCACCAGUUGCUGUUGUCGCCGCUGCCGUUGUUGUGCCAGCUGCCGUUGUUGUCGCCACUGAAAAUCACAAUCACGAAAACACUUCAAAUACCACUACCGAAACCAACCCAACACCAGUCGAGUCUGCUCCAGUCACCGUUGUCGAGGAAAAGACUGUAGUCACUGAGGAGGUUGUCGUAGCCCCAGUUUACAAUCCAUUGGGUGAAACCGGUGUAUUUGCUCAACCACCUGCAGUUGUCGAAGAACCAAAGACUGAAGUCAUUCAAGUUCCAGUUGAAAUUAUUCCAGCUCCAGCUCCAGCUCCAGUUGAACCAGAACAACCAGCUCCAGCUCCAGCUCCAGUUGAAGUUGUUGCACCAGUUGAAGUUGUGGCACCAGUCGAAGUUGUUGAGGAACCACCAGUUGUUGUUGCCGCCGCAGUCAGCGAGCCAGAAGCACCAUCUGAAAUUGUCCAAGAGGAAGUAGUCAAAGUUGAAAUUGUAGAUACAUUACCAACAGAGCCAGUUGCUCCAGUCGAAGAACAACCAAAGCCAGUUGAGGCUGAAUCACCAGCACCAGUCGUAGAGAAUGUUGAAGUUGCCACCGAUUUACCACCACCCUUGGCCAAAGUCGAGGAUGUAGUUCCAUUGGUCGCCGCACCAGUUUCAAUUCCAGCCGAGGUUGUUGUCUCUGACCAACCAACACCAAAGGAAGAAAGCAAUGGUCAAGAUGACAAGCACGAGUCUGGUUCAUCUUCAGACAGCUCUGAGACCACCUCAUCAGAUUACACCUCAUCCAGCGAGAGCGACGAAACAAGUGACAGCGACGACUAUACUACCACAAGUGACGAAAGCGAAGAACAAGCAGCAAAACAAGAACAAGGACAAGAAUAA